CCGCAACUGCAGUUGGCAGUACGCUACUCCUCGGAUUGCAUAUCCGCGACGUUGCUCGCAUAUUUUGACAACGACUUCGAUCCCAUCGAGUUUUCACUUGGUAUAUCGCGUCUCGGCACUGCUCGUUUAUAACCGUUAUCUUUUUGACGUCAGUUUUUGAUAAAUGUAUAUAUAUGUAGAUCUUUUCUUCCAAUAAAUUCUCGGGAGUGACACUCUAAACGUCAUGGAAUUGCUUGGCUUUAACUGCGGCGAUUGACGGGUUGAAAGUGAAAGUGGUAUUGAUUUCUCGCUUUCUUCUUGCCGGCAGAUAUUCAUAAUACUCUAUUUUGUAGUAUUUUUAUUGAAUAUCUAUACCAGAUUAGUAAAACGCUUUUCUUUAAGCAAAAAAUUUAUAAUUUUUUUGCGCAAUUUUAUACGCAGCGUUAUGAAUUGAUAAUUAUGUUUCCGCUUCCUCUGUAUAGACGAAUUAUGAUACACGUGUCGUCCGAAAGCGCGCAUAGAUAUGAUCGGUUGAAACGCAAAGGGGCGGCUUUCCUAACGAAUUUGUUUAAAUCGAGAAAAUUAACGGUAGGGAUGAAGAUUAACGAAGACGAAGAAAUGGAACGAGCGCCCAGGGUGGAGACUCCCGCAAUUAUUACGAAUGCUUGUCGCCGGGGCGGCUCGGAGAACGACAGCACGAUGUCCCGAAUUCCGUCGACCUUGAGCGUGACAGCGGUGGACGUUGUCGUCUCCUGUCAGCCGUCACCCUCGCACUCGAUUCUGACCCUGACACCCGGUAGAACGCGUAACAUCGAUCAGGACAUGGAAGCACUCAGGCUGAGUCGUCAGGACAAUCCUUUUCUACAGGUAUUAGCAAGUCGAGAGAGCCUUGUGGAAUCGAUCGAGGAGUCCGAGUCCGACGAUGCGAUUCUAAUGUCGCAGGAAUACGGUGACGCGGAUCCGCUUACACUCGCGCAGGUACACGAGCACCUGGUCCGCAGUCCACCACCGGCUUCGUGGCCCAAUUCCACGGCCUUCCAGUUUCCCAAUCAGGACGAAAGCACCCCGGGCAAAAAUGAUGCGGCACUCCUAGUCAAGAGCCCGUCAAAGACACCCUCGCAUCGCGGUAACGACCACGAGCUCUCGAGGAGCGAGACGACGACCGAUAUUAGAGAUCGGCAUUCCCAUCCCUUCUCGUUACUACAUCCGACGCCGAUUCGCUCCUUGUCGGAAGUUCGACGACUUCACCGAUCGGCCGACGACAGCGUGCAGCUCAUGUCGAACGAAUAAAUUUCGUCGGGACGUUGAAUCCUGAUCGGAACAAUUUCUCGUGACUGAGGGAUGUCGGUUCAGCUAUGCCGAAUAUCCUUCGAGAACAGCGAUUACUGACAAGUUGAAGAAAAUUUCGUUCGUGUAAACGAAAUUUAUGAUCGAUUCCAGGCAAGGUUUGUCCUAAGAAUUUAGAAGGUUGAUACGGUGGAGAUUCACACCGAGAUUCUCAUGUAUCUGAUGAUACUUGGUCGUAGAUUAAAGCUACGACAUAUUUGAGGUGAAUGUGAUAGGAAAAUUAUAUACAGAAUGAUAUAAUGAUGAUUAAUCACACGGUGAUUAAUGGAGCACGACGAGCAUGAAUUUCAAGCGCAAUUAACACAUUCUCUUCAUUGAGAAACUAUAAAAAAGAAUGCGCAUGUUGAAAAAAUAACGAUUUCAUCGUUUUUGAAUUUCUAUAGUUUAUCAAAUUAUAUUCGUCGUUUGUUGUGUUAACCAGAAAUCAUUUCUUCAUGAAAUAUAUAAAUUCGAUCGUCGUCAAUUGAUUUAAAUAAUUUUAAUUAUUCUAAUUGAUGUUAAUAAUUUCUUCAUAAGUCAUUUGCAGUUACGAUCGCGUGUUUUAUCAAUAGGCCUAUUUUCUUACAAAAUCGUUCAACAAUCGAAGUAUUCGGCAUCGACGUUUUCCGACUGUUUACUUGUAUCUUAUAGAUGUUAAAUAUCAGAUUAAUAUAUCGUGUUUUUUUUUACUUUUAUUCGCGAACAGUAUAUUGAAUAACUAAUUACUUAUAUAAACCAGAUAUUCUCCGGAAUAAAUAUUAUAUAAGUAUCUUUUUAGCUUCUUGGAAAUACGCCAAAUCGAAGAGUCUAAGAACUCCAAGGUGUUACAGAACAUCUUAUAUAUGCUUGCAGUUUGCAGGAGAUUUUAAGAAUUGCACUAUUGCAUAAUUAUUAUCAGACUUAACGAAAGAUAUUAUCUCUGCUAAAUCGUCAGCUGAGAGUAUUAGAUAAAUAUUUAACGUAUUGUGUUUUUAAGCUUUUAAAUUUAUAUAAUUUGGAUGCAAUUGGAUGCAAAUAACUUUAAACUUUGCCCCUCGAAGAGCAAUAUACCGUUAUGUAACAAUCGUUAAAGUUCGAGGCUUAAAGUUAUAAUUAUUAAAUUAUUACUCAUGAUGAAUGCAUUAUCGCGGAAUUUGUUGUUGAUACGAUAGUUAUUGUUGAGGCACACGUCUGUAAUUAUUCGUGUAAUUUAGAUGUCUAUUUUAUGCAGCUGUUUUAGAAAUAUUUCACGUUUAAUUGUAAUCUUUUCUACCAAUGAAUAUUAAUUGCUCUGAUCUUGAUUGUUGUUAAGCUAAAAGAAAUAUUUUUGUUGACGAAUUAUGCAUACCUGUACUGUAUAAGAAUUUCUGUUUUAACUAAUUGCGAGGAAAUUGUGAGCACAAGAUACGCAAUAGUUUUUCCAUUAAAACUCACUUUUAAUGAGACGAUUGCAAAAGGAAUAAUUUAACUGAUGCACACACGUAAAAAUUGAUAGCUCCGAAAAAUAACGUUAACGCUAACGAUGCGCCAAAUGUACAGGCCUCUCAACAAAACAAUUCCUCAAAUUAGAUAAAUAGACGAAUAGCCGUAAGAUCUUUUUUAUAGAGCGGACAAAUUUUGUCGAUAACGAUUUACUUCCGAGGUUGAAAGUAGCAUUUCUUUUAACGACAAAAACCGUUGUCAAUGAAUUCUCAACGAAAUCAUAAACAUCUCUGUUUGUUCUCAGAAUAACGAUUUUUUCCAAGAGAUAACGUUAACAGAAUCUGACGUGCUCUUCUCAGAUCUAAUGUUAUAUAAAUGUUACUAUUAUAAUUAUAAAUUAUAUAAAACAAUAUUUGGAACCUUAUAGAAAAAGAAAU